GAAUUCUGUCCAAUCGCGGAGUUUGGAGGUAAAAAACACGGAAAAACAAGAACUUCCAGCGUCGUUUUCAAAGUUUGGCGUUUAAGACAUAACUUGACAGUUAGCAGGGAAUCUUUUUUGCCACUAAAAGAUUAUUGUGAUGUUUAUAUGAUGUGUUAGUGUGUAUUCGUAGGUGUUUACUGAGAAGUUAUGUGAUUUUCGUGGCUGACAACAACGUCGUAGUGAGGUAGAUUUGAAGUCAGUGAUGGAGAUCACUCCUAAAUCAGUGAAAGUAAAGUCCGUGUUUAGCCCUUUUUCACCCUGUGGCUCAGUGGAGUCAAGUCCCUGUGAAAACAAAGAGCAGAAGCCUCAUCAGAAGCUGAGUUCCUCCCUGAAGGAGCGGCUGAAGAGAUCGCGGCGCUCCUUCACCUCGCCCUUCUCUGUGGCCAAACGCCUCUGUGUUGAUGACUCGGAGGAGAGCGGCCAACGAGUCCCAGCAGAUUCCCACAAGAGCGUUCACAAUCCUCCACUCGUUGACGUUGAUGAAAACAGAAAUGACACCAGAUCAGGCAGUGAGAGGUUUUCUGGACCCGUUCCUGAAUCAACACAUCUUCCUUCAGAGGACGUAGAGCAGCGACGAGGGCCACUCAGGAAGGAGGUGAAAGACAAGACGGAGACUCUGCGCAGACUCAAGAUGGUGAAAAUGUACCGAAGCAAGAAUGAUUUGACACAGCUUCAGAGUUUGAUAGACAAGUGGAGGAGCUGUGCUCAGGCUGCACUGUGUGAGCUCCAGUCUGACGUCCUCAUAGACGGACAGAAGGCCAGUCUUCCCCAGCUCAUUGACCUUUUUGGUCUGGAGGACAGACUCCUGCACUUUGACCGCACAGAGGAGGACUUUACGUCCUAAUUACGCGCUCUGUGGGACACACAAAAGUUGUACCGUUAUUGCACAAAAUCUAGGGAGUUUAUUUAAUUGUUAUUUGUUGCUGCUACAGUUUUGUUCACAUCUAAAUAAAUAUAUUCAGUUAACUUGU